GUCGGACCGGUGUCACCCCGUCGGUACUCACCGCUCCUCACUUGCGCGCUCAUGAUGUAGCCGACUGUUUUAUCGUGACGUCAGAUAUUGGCUUGGUUUUGAACAUUUUUUUUCCGAGAUGGAGGAUCGUUGUGAUGACACAACAAAGUGACCCCGUAAGAGGACGUGACUGAAGACUGCGAGAUUCUUUUUGAGGAUGAUGCGGACCUUCAUCACCACAGCAUGAUCGGAUCAUCUGGACUCUCCGGCGACACCCUCAUUGCCUGCCACUUUCCCGUUCUUCCUAUUCCCACAUGGCAGUUGCCUGUCCAGAACGUGUACACCUCCAACAAAAGACCUGGUCGGUUGUGCUCGGCAGGUCUGACGCGAGCCGUGUCUCUCCCAGAGCAGGAGACUCUGAAGCAGGAGAGUGUUGUCACCAGCAGCCAAAAGCAUUUCUCCAGCAGCUACAGCAGUCUGAUCGAGGACCGGGCGGAGGAGGAGGGGGCCAGCGAGAGCAGCGGCAGGUACGACUCCACUUCAUCACCUGAAGACGAAAGCUGCAGAGCAAGAGGGAAUGUCAGGACACACAAUUCCUUCCUCCCAACUCGAGAGCUGGACGAGGAAGAUGAAGACAGUGAUGGCGACAACCUCCAUAGGUAUCAUGAAGACUCGUCUUUUGUGCUACAUGGAAAUCCCAACUGGCCGCAAACGUGCGAUGAGGGGCGGUAUUUGUUGACUCACAGAGACCUGAGUGGUGAGUGGGGUCAGGAGGGGACCAUGCUGGGGUGCGAGAGACACCUCGCGGACACACAUUGUAACAACACGACGUCUUGCUGUCCACACAAAUACUCCCCGGAGCUGUUUUCCAACAGUCUGACGGAGGAGGUCAGCGAGUGCUCCUCCAACAGUUCUGAUGGUAUCUUGGUGAACUUCUGCACGAUCUACAACCGGAGCAGCAACCCCGCAGUUCCUCUGGACCUCUGCAAUCCGGCCGAUCUUCACUCUCCUGAUGGAUCUGUGUUCCUUAAUCUCCACCCUGUUGUCCACUCUGUCAACCAGGAGCUCCAUCAGGAUGACUCAAGGGUGUACCCCUCACCAAAUGAGGAGUCACAGCAGCCCUCAUCUUCUUCAUACUGGUCUCCUCAGGAUUUUGAUUCAAACUGCAAUCUAAACUUCCUGGACCCGUUAGCACCGUGUCUCACUUCCCUGGAGGUCUCAGACCUCGCCGCGUGUCUCCAAAGUCAAGCUACCGUGUCCAUGGAAUCUCAGCAGAAGUACUACAAGCUGGUGACCUGUGACCUCUCGUCCCAGUCCCCGAGUCCAGCCUGGUCCAGUCAGGCCAGCUGCCCAGAGGGUCCCAGCACCAAUCCUUUUCAUGCUUGCACGCUCAAGAAAGCAGGACAACGCACAGGUCUUGAGAAGGAAAAAGAAAAGCAGCACCGACAGACUGAGCAGAUUGAGGGCUCACCAUUGAAUGACUUCCAGGUCGCCUCAACCUCAACUGGGAAAGACAACAUCCAAAGCACUUCCAUCAUGCCCACCUAUCUGGACACAAGGACUUCAGCCAGCCACCAAGAGCAUGGAGAUGUGGAAGCUGGAAGGAAUGCAACGCCCUCUAGCAGGACGGGGUCAUGCUGCGGUAAACCCCAAAGACCAAACUCUCUUCCCAUCCAACCCAUUGUUCUCACACCACCAACCAAACCUGCUGCUCCAGCUCAACACUUGGGCUGCCUACUGGAUCGCUACAUGAGUCAGAAGGACAGCUCUCAACCCAGCAGGAGGUUCAAAUCUAAAAGAUAUUCUUCGGAGGCUUCACCCGUUGACUCUCAGUGGCCCAUCUUCCUCGAAGCUCCAUCCAGCUCCGAUACCUGCUCCACCUGCAGCCCGAGUCCUGUGUGCCUCAACCGGAGGAACACAUGGAGUCGCUCCAGAAAAGAGCCACAAAGUCCGUGCAAUCCAAGUUGUUUAACAGCAAAACCAGCGCUGACGCGUGUGAGCAGUCAAGCCAGCACGGGCAAAACAAACCCCUUUUUAAACAUGAUGUCACCCCCAAAUCAGCUUCUGCAUGUCCAAAUACCAACUUACAAGACUCGUGACCCAAGUCCAGAUCAACCACUGGCUUGUGUGGUCAACCAUCCUUCGAUACCAUGCGCCCCACCAACUCUACCUCUCACUACAGAAACCCACCAGCGGAUCCCAUCUUGCCCAACAAGAAGCUCAAACCCUCCACAUCAGCCUCCAGUUUCUCACUCCGUCCCUGACUCCAGCUUUAGCUUCUCUGCUGCCCUUUCCUCCGUGGUUCCUCUCUCCUCUCUGGGCUCUCUGAUCUCCUUAGCUGCAUCUGGCCUACACAGAAACCAGAGCAACCAGAACACCGACUCACUGAUCCAGAGUGACAAGCCGCCCACCGAGUUCUGCCUUUCACCCGAAACCUCCUAUGAGUCGAUGUCUAUCAGCCACCUUCAGAGGAGAGGUUUGCUGCGGUCUGUGAGCAGGGCAGUGGAUUUGAUCAUGGCACAUUUUGGCAGCAGCAGGGACUUUGAAGAAAAGAUGCGUUUGGGUAACAGCUUUUGGAGUCCUACGAUUGGUGGUCUGGUCCUCGAACACUUGUGUCCUGCGAUACAGAACAUUUUAGAGGACGGUAUGAGGGAUCACAAACUGGAUCUGAUCAUCGGUCAGCGUCGCAACCACUGCUGGAACAUUGUGGAGGUCUCGACUAAGAUUGGUCCAUCCACAAAGGUCCUUUCCAGUCUGGUCUACAAGAUCCAGCAAUGCCCCCAGCUCACCAGCUCCUGCAUGAGACUGCGAGCCUUCGUCAUGGGCCUGCUGAACUUGAGAGCAUUGGAAUUAUGGCUCACUCAUCUACUGAGUCUUAGAGAUGUUGUGACAUCACACUACCACUCCUGGGGCUUCCUGUCCAUGUCCCUGGAUCGAUGUCAGCCCAUGUUCCAGGAGCUUCUUCUUUUGCUGCAGCCCCUUUCUGUGUUACCCUUUGACCUCAACCUGCUUCUUGAGCCGCGACUGAUACAGAGCCAACAGCUUUGUUCUGAAGCCUUGGGCGUCUCUUCGCCACCGCCCUGCUCUGCCCUGUUAGCUACCAGCUGGCCACAACUGCAGUGUGACAGGCAGAUGAAGACUGAGUGCUGUGCUGCAGAACUGUUGACAAGUUUGCCUCAAGACAGCAAGGAAAUCAGGAGUCAAAUUUUGUCCCCUAUUGCUGAAUGGUGGCCGCAGGAUGUGGAUGUGUUUGAGGCCGUCGAUGAAGCAGAGCAAUGGAGAAAGAACAAUGAAGACAAUUGGUCACAGAUAAGCAUGGACAGCAGGCAGGGCGGAAGUAGAGAGGGGACCAAGAGCGGAACCCCAAAUGUGUCACCCAGUAUCCAGUUGGGGAACGACCACCAAGGUGGACUCCGCUGGGCCAAACUCUUCGGCGCCGCCGACACUUCUGCUCGGGCCGAGACAGUUUCCCAAACUCAAGUGAAACGGUGCAGUCGACCGUCACAGUGGCUGAGUUUGGACAGGUCACAUCUGGGCCUUUUGGCUCAGUCCUUGAAGGCUCUGACACCAAGACGAGACAAGACUGACCUGGAUGACGAGUGCUAAGUUUUAUUUUGAUGUUUUUUUUAAAGAUAACUCAUGACAGUCACGACAGCUUAUAGCCAGGAACACAACAAUGUCAAAAAAAAUAUAUUUUCCUUCAUAUUCAAACCUAGCCGAUGCUAGCACUGCUUUUUUAUAGUUGGAAAUCGAACCAAUUCUUGACCACCAGCUGAUUUGAACACAGUAGCACUUAAGGUAGCAGUUGCCUUUCUUUGGUGUGUGUGAACAGCAAACAAACACUGUGAAAGGAUCCACAGCAGUUUUUCUGAUGUCUGCCCAUCACAUGUCUCAACACCCGCUGAAAGCUUUACAGUUGGACGACAAGCACUGGACUUCACAUGUGAGUGUUUCAGUGUGUACUGUAUGUGUCCCUCUGGUCCUCAAAUGGCCGAGCUCUAAAUUAUUUUUAUAUCAUUAUUAUUUAUACGAUUGAAAUUAGACCGUGAUGGAAUUCCUGUCCUUCUUCCUUCUUUUGUAAUUUCAAUUCUGGGUUUUACCAUUUUAGCACACCAACCGUGUGUUUGUGUUGCCCCCAUAUGUAGCACAGGCAUUCUGAAAUGAUGUCAGGGUCACGUAAGUGAUUCUGUCCGGCUCAACAGCAUCCAGAAUUCAAACCGUUUUCAUAACGCCAAGCCUCACCGCAGCAGAGCACCGGACGAGGAUUGAGCAAAGCAAUAUAGCUUGUCUGACACCAAAAAGUUUGACACACUUUUAAUCCCAGGUGAUCACAAACUAUUCUCACAGGUGCAACACUUUAAUAGCCUAGCCAUCCAUUCAGAGACUAGACCAGUGUGCCUGGAGAAAUCUGUUUGUUGUCACGACUAUUGCCCCUGUGUGUGCUUUAUUUCAUCCAUGAAUCUCAGCAUGGAAGUGCAAGUGCUUCCGGUGCAGAUUACCUUCUUUAAAAUGUGACAUUGUCGCUUUUGUGACUUUCUGUUGGUGGAAUUUUACUACCUUACCAAUGCUUAUAGACCCAUAACAUAGAAACAAUGUAGGAUUUGAAAGAGUGUACCCAUAAAUGAUAAAUUCGAAUGAACCCAUGAUGCUUUUAACUACUCAAAUCUCAAUGACCAAGUGGUCACAUGCUAAGUAUGAAACAAUGCAGGAAAAAGAACCUCAGAGAAAUUCUCAAAAGCGUCUGAUUUGUAAUAACCUUUCCACACAUUGCUGGUGUUCCUUGGGCAUUUGGUUGCAACAUUUUCAAUUAGCAUGCACAAGUGCAAAAUACCUUCCUCCAAACGUCUGUACCUUGUUUGCAUUAAACUAGGCCACUUGGAUUAUCGCCGCACUUCCUUGUGACAUCCUGUAAUAAGAAACUGGAUGAUUGACGGCUUAUGAUCUGGUUCUGAAACCAUGAGUUAAUGGGGAGGUGUGACGUUGAUCUAUUGUUACUGUUUGUGUUUCCUGUAUGGCAAGUCAGUCCUUAACAAUACAUUUCAUCCUGUCAGCCAUCAGUGUUACCAAUGGCGUUUAAGAAACACACGUGUGUGCCGUCAGCGUCUUCCAGUGCUUCCAAGCAUUAUUUCUGGUGUUUGUGAUCGUGGACCAUCUGUGAUGAUACCCCUCACCUGCAUGAAUUGUCAACUUCAUACCAUGACUUCCUGGCUUUUCCUAAACUACGGGGGAUAAAAUGGUCAGAGUCAUAUCUCGUCUUCCACUGGCAAUUUUUAUGUAUUUUUGAACCGCACUUAUUUCAGGUAUAUAAAAUACUUCAGGUAUUUUAUUCGGCUGCUUGUGGGGAAAUAUUUUUUUGCAAUAAUGUGAAACAUGCCUGAAACCUUGAACAAAUCCUGUAAUGACAAUCAAACUCUUCCAAUAAAGAUUUAACAGUUUAUUUGUGUAUUGAA